UUAAAAAAAAAAAAAAAUUUAUAAAAAUAUACAAAUAUUCAGGUCCACAUUUUCCGAAAGCAAAAGAGGAGAUAGAGAGGCAUAAACCAAAGGUUAAAAUCCAGCUAUUAUUACAGUCGCCGCUAACUGUGCCGCUAAAUUUGUGGCGCUCUAUUUCUCUGUCUAUCUGUGUUUAUCUUUCUGUAAAUUUUGCCGCAAGAAACUUAAACACAUUUUCUUUUUGCCUUGUCCGCGUAAUUUUAGUUUCGUUUUUUCUCCGUGUUUUCUUUUCCCGUUUUCCUAUAACGUCAUUUGCCAAGCCGACGGUUCUAGGACUUUCUUUUUGGGUAGUUUUAUUUUCGUAAAAUUUAUUUGCUCUUUUUGUCUGUCUGUCCUUGUCUUUGUUUUUGUUCUAUUUUUGAAUGAUAUUUUACUUUGGGCUUGUAUUUAUUGGCUAAUUUUUUUUAAGUACUAUUAUUUUUAUUUGGUUGAGGGGCUUCUUGAUCUCCCCAGUCCCCACCCCCUCUCAAAGCGCGUUAUGUUCUGGGAAUUUGAGAUGGGUGAGUGGGGUGACAAAUUUGUUUCAGGUGGUGGUUCACCGUUGAUUUUAGCAUUUUCUUUUACUGGUUUCUGUGUGCAUUAGAGAGAGAAGGGGAAGGGGAAGGGGGAGAGAGAGAAUGGUUUGUUUUUCUUGCUUCAGUCCUGGAGGAAAUGGUGUGCGCAGGAUUGAAAUUGAGAAUGGCACACGAUCCGGUUCUCGGCACUCUGCUGAUUCCGCAGGUAGUGGGAGGGGAAAGAAGGACUCAGACGAUAACGUGAAUGGGAAAGGGAAGGCGACUUUGAAUGAUACCGAGGGCAACAGCACGAGAUGCAGUGGGGCGCGCAGUUUUACGUUUCUUGAGCUAGCAGCAGCCACGAGAGGUUUUAGGGAGGUGAAUCUGAUAGGGGAAGGGGGUUUUGGAAGGGUUUACAAGGGCCGCCUUGAGACGGGCGAGGUUGUUGCGAUUAAACAACUUGAUCAUGAUGGCGUCCAGGGAUUUAAGGAAUUCCUUGUGGAGGUUCUCAUGUUAAGCUUGUUACACCAUUCUAAUCUUGUCACUUUGAUUGGGUAUUGCACUGAUGGGGAUCAGAGGCUGUUGGUCUAUGAGUACAUGCCAAUGGGUAGCUUGGAAGAUCAUCUCUUUGAUCUGGACCCUAACAAAGAGCCACUGAGUUGGAAUAGUAGAAUAAAAGUUGCUGUUGGUGCAGCUCUGGGGCUUGAGCAUCUCCACUGCAAAGCCAAUCCCCCUGUUAUUUACCGUGACUUAAAAUCUGCAAAUAUCUUGCUGGACAAUGAUUUCAAUCCGAAGCUCUCGGAUUUUGGGCUUGCUAAACUGGGACCUGUUGGUGACAAUACUCAUGUUUCAACCAGAGUGAUGGGAACGUAUGGUUACUGUGCCCCAGAGUAUGCGAUGAGUGGCAAGUUGACCCUUAAAUCUGAUAUAUAUAGCUUUGGUGUGGUUCUGUUGGAGUUGAUCACUGGCCGGAGGGCAAUAGACUGCAGUAAGAAGCAGGGAGAGCAGAACCUAGUUGCCUGGUCUCGUCCAUUUUUGAGGGAUCGAAGGAAAUUCACCCAAUUAGUUGAUCCUUUAUUGCAAGGGCGCUUCCCUGUUCGUUGUUUGCGUCAUGCAAUUGCCAUUACUGCAAUGUGUCUUCAAGAGCAGCCAACUUUCCGCCCUCUUAUUGGUGAUAUUGUUGUAGCGCUUGAGUACUUGUCCUCUCAGAGUAACACUUAUGAAGUCCAUAAUAGCCGAAUCCGCAGUUCCCUGCCUCGAUCAUCCUCGCAACAAGACAGUGAUAUCUUUUCCCAUGAAUCGGAUUAUCGAAGAAGUGCGACUUCUGUUUAAACAUCGGUGGGCAGAAGCUGCUGAAAUUAUUUGAUACUGUAAGGCACCAAUUCACUCACUAUUGGAUUUGAAAAUUUCAAGAUGUUGUAAGAAAUAGGGGUGAACAGAAACCGACCGGCCGCGUCAGAAACCGGCCGGCUGGCGUGUGGUGGAAAUUUGAAGGAACUGACGUUCAGUGGUGGUCUCAGUUUAAAGCUGGACUGGACUGCUGAACCGGCCGAUAAAAUA